GCCUAGUCUCAAACAAAAUAUUAUUAAAUGACAUACGAAGUUCCAAUAUACUGAUGGUAUCUAAUAUCAUAUCAUACUAUUCAAUCAACCUAUUUUAUGUGACAUUGCCAAGAGAUUGUUAUUAUUGAUAUUGAUUUUCAUAGUGUUCUAAUAGAAUAGAUAUCGUUUACUUUUUGAGACUAUUUAUAAUUUCUAAGGAAUUGUGGGUAAUCGAAAAUCUAGGUCACCAAAAAGAACAAUGUCUGGCGACGAAUACGGAUAUUCCGGAGAAUAUACUGGCAACAAUAAAGAAGAUAAUAAUUAUUCAUCCUCUCCAGCAUCAUUCCGAGAUCGCUCAAGGUCCAGAUCUAGGUCCCCAGUAGGAAACAAAGGCGGCUCCCGCCACAACGGAAGCGGGAUGAGCAAUAAAGUGACAUCCAGGUGUUUAGUUCUUGCCAAUGUCCCAUAUGAAGUAAAAUGGCAGGAACUCAAGGAUUUAUUUAAGAAAGAAAUAGGAGAAAGUGCAGUGACAUAUGUAGAAAUAUUUAAUAAUGCUGAUGGAAAGCCAAAAGGAGUAGGAGCUAUUGAGCUAAAGACAGAAGAUCUUGCUCAGGAGGCUGUUGACAAAAUGAAUGGUUUUGAAAUAAAAGGAAGAAAACUUGUAGUGAGAGAGGAGAGGGAAAGAGACAAACGAGAAAGGAUGAACAGACGGCAAGGUGGCGGUGGUAUGGGAGGCGGAGGAAUGGGAGGUGGUGGAAUGAGCGGAGGAAUGGGAGGUGGAUUUGGAAUGGGAGGUGGUGGUGGUGGUGGUGGUGGAGGAAUGUCCAUGCAAAGAAUGAUAAACCAACUUGGAUUGGACCCCAACAACAUCACAAACAAAGUCUUUGUAUCAAAUCUUGACUACAAAGUGACUUGGCAAAAGCUGAAAGAUUGUUUCAAGAUGGCUGGUAAUGUUCAGCGUGCUGAAAUCAUGGAAGACAAGGAGGGGAAGAGCAGAGGGAUGGGUAUUGUCACAUUUGAGUUCCCAAUGGAGGCAGUACAGGCUAUAUCCAUGUUCAAUGGUCAGGAAUUGUAUCAGAGGUCAAUGAGAGUGCGCAUUGACAGCAUGAGUAACAGUGGAAGUAGUGGCGCCAAAGGGGGCGGAUAUAACAGUGGCCCUAAAUUACCAAGUGGUCUUGGUGGGAUUGGUCAGGGUUUCGGUGUUGGAGGCCAACCUGCCAACUUUGGAGGUAUGUCCGGCGGAGACGUGAAGUCUUCUAGCAGGCAAGACUCAAGUGGAGGAAUGAGAAAUAUGGGAAACAGUGGAAUGGGUGGUGGAAUGAAUAUGGGUUCCGGUAUGGGUAAUUUUGGGUCAAAUAUGGGAAACAGUGGAAUGGGCUCAAUGGGUUCAAUGGGAAACUUUGGGUCAGGCAUGGGAAAUAGUAUGAAUUCAGGUAUGUCUGGUUUUGGCAUGGGUAACAACAUGGGUUCAAUGAACUCAGGGAUGGGAAACUCUGGCAUGGGAAUGAAUAACAUGGGAGAUGGUAUGGGAAUGGGAGGUGGCAAUUUUGGCAACUCAGGAGGUAUGAACAACAUGGGAAUGAUGGACAUGGACAGUAUGGAUAACAUGGGCAUGGGUAUGGGAAACUAUGGGCAGAUGAACUCAGGAAUGGGAAGUAUGGGAGGAAGAAGCACAGGGGGUAUGGGACGUAGCUCAGGUGGUGGUGGGAUCUCAAUGAACAACAGAGGACAGGAGGGCUGCAUAAUAUUCAUAAGAAACAUGCCAUAUGCUUGGGAGUGGAAUAAGCUGAAGGAAAUUUUCCGUCAAGCAGGAGAUGUCAAGUUUGCUGAGAUCAAGAAGGAUGACAAGGGACGUAGCCGAGGGUGUGGAACAGUCAGGUUUGGCAACCCAGAAGAUGCCCAGAGGGCGAUCACUCUGAUGAAUGGCAUGGAAAUGGAUGGCAGAACGAUAGAAGUGCGCAUUGAUAAGGGUAUGAACUAAC